AUAUUUUUUUAAGUGUUUACUCUUUAAUACAAGCUACUGUUGUUAUUAGAGCCUAUAUACGACCAAAACACACAUUGGAUAUUAGCAGACGCAAGCUAACACAGCUGUCGUACAUACGCAUGCAGUUUUCGUUAACAGACAAUUGUUGUGAGCUAACGCUAUACAGUGUAAUAUAUUUAUAACAUAUCUGAUUGGUAUAAAUUAAAGUAGCAGGCUACAGUGAGUUGAUAACGGUUGACUACUACGGAGCGUAACUGUUCACUGCGUUAGUUCCGUGCUUCGGUUGGCAGCUGUACUACCUAGCUAAUAAAGUAGCGUUAAAGGUAGCAGGAAGACUUUAUGGUAAUUGAAUGUAAUUGGAACAUGAAUGCUAAAAAUGGAUCAGAGUGACCUGAAGAACUCCGACUGUGACACAACAUGGUCACAACAACUCUCCACCCUCCCUCACAAACUCCUGCAGCGCCUGAUGCCUUUCCAAAAAGAGGGUGUUGAGUUUGCUUUAUCUAGGAAUGGACGGUGUAUGAUCGCUGAUGAGAUGGGUCUUGGUAAGACUGUGCAGGCCAUUGCGGUGGCAUGUGCUUUCAGACAGGAGUGGCCCCUCCUGGUGGUGGUGCCGUCGUCCCUUAAAUAUCCCUGGAUAGAAGAGCUUGAGCGGUGGAUUCCUGAGCUGCAGCCUGGAGACAUCAAUCUAGUGGAGAACAAGAGUCACAUCACGGGGAUCAACAGCAGUAAAGUGACUGUUUUAGGUUACGGGCUACUUGCCUCUGACUCCAGUUCCCUGGUGGAAGCUCUCACUAGACAGCAUUUUGGUGUGAUUAUUGUGGAUGAGUCUCAUUAUCUGAAGUCCAGGAAUGCAGUCAGAACUAAGAUUCUGGUUCCUCUGCUUCAAAGCACCAAACGCGCCAUCUUGCUUACUGGAACGCCAGCGCUGGGUCGACCUGAGGAGCUUUUCAUGCAGAUUGAUGCUCUCUUUCCAAAAAUGUUUGGAACCUGGACAGACUACGCCAAGAAGUAUUGCAAUGCCCACUACAGGUACUUUGGGCCUCGUAGACAGUGGGACUGUAGGGGAGCAUCCAACCUCGAGGAACUUCACCAGAAACUGAGCCAGAUCAUGAUCCGACGGCUGAAGGUUCAGGUGCUGACUCAACUGCCCCCCAAAAUACGUCAAAGAAUCCCCUUUGACCUACCCAAGGAUGCUUCUAAGGAGGCCACAGCCAGUUUUGCAGAAUGGGAGCGACUGAUGAAGAGCCUGGGCUCAGGGAUCGCUGCCACUGAAAACCCUUUCACUGAGGUCAUGGGGCUGGUCACCCAGAUGUACAAGCAAACAGCUGUAGCCAAGGCGGGAGCUGUGAAGGACUACAUCAAAAUGAUGUUGGAGACGGAGCAGCUGAAGUUUUUGGUGUUUGCUCACCACCUCACUAUGCUGCAGGCCUGCACCGAGGCAGUCAUUGAGGCCAAGGCUGGUUACAUCCGCAUCGACGGCAGCGUUCCAUCGUCCGAAAGAAUCGAACUGGUGCGCAAAUUCCAGAAUGACACAGACACUCGAGUGGCCAUCCUCAGCAUCCUGGCAGCUGGAACGGGUUUGACCUUCACUGCUGCUAGCCACGUGGUGUUCGCUGAGCUCUACUGGAAUCCUGGGCAAAUCAAGCAGGCCGAAGAUCGAGCCCACCGCAUCGGGCAGGUGUCCUCAGUUAACGUACACUACUUGAUUGCCAAGGGCACGUUUGACACGGUCAUGUGGUCCAUGCUCAACAGGAAGGAGAAUGUGACAGGAAGCACGCUGAACGGUAGGAAGGAAUACCUAAAGGCUGAGGAAGGCGAUAAGGACACGUGGGAGUUCCUCAAUUUUGCCAAGAGCUGGUCACCAAGUGAGAUGGUGCUGCCACUGCCCGGGCACACAGGGCAGGAAGAGAAAGCAAUGUAUUUUACUCACUUUGAAAAAGACAAGCAGCAUGACAUUAGGUCAUUUCUUUCACCAAGUGGCAAAAAGAAGAAAAGAAAGAGAACGGAAGACCAAGAAUGGUCUCCUGCUGUUGCAUCAGAGAGUGGAAAAAGCCAUGACACACAUGAAAACGAGUCAGAAAUGUCCCAGAGCCCAGACGAGGACUUCUCUCCGCAACUGAAGAAACUACGAGCACAGCAGAAAACUCUAAGUCCUGGUUCUUGUGUCAGGAAGAAGAGGCUUUCAGUGGUCAGCAGUCCACAUACUGGUCUCGACGCCGUGGGUCCACAGAAAUGUUCAGAUCUCAAACCUUGCACUGAUACUUGGAACUGUGAGGCCUGUACCUACACCAACAGCGGCCUGUUACCUUACUGCGAGAUGUGUGAGUUGCAGCGCUCCUCAUCAGGUCCGUCUAAGCCCCAGCUCGCCCAGACCCACAUCCUUCUCCACGACUCUGACAGUGAGCAGGAGCUGAGCCAGGGAAAAGCCUGGCCUCUGGAUCCCUGCAAAGACAAACACAGUGAUGAAGAGGAGGGGGAGAGUCAGAAAGGCAAACAGAACACCACAGGAGCAGAGGAGGAGGGGGAGACGGAGAAGCAGUGGCUCAAAGGCAAACAGUCGGAAGGAGAUGGAGGUGAGGUUGUUGUCGCUGGAAGCAGUGGCAGCGACCCCCUCCUCCCCCCUCACCACACACAGGACCAGACGCAUCCUUCUGCUCACACUAAUGACACGAACCAGGACAAUGAUGGAGACCCAACUUAUCCAGUCUACGCAGGCCUGCAGUUCCGUGCCAGCCAGUACACAGACAGAGUCUACCUCUACACCAAGGACGCUCAGCCGCUGAACUUGAGCUUCAUCCCUCUGGAUGUCAAACUUACCAACUGGGACGACCUGCCCGAGGCCUUCACCUGCUGCCGUGAAAAUCAGAUACAGGUACUGAGGUUUGUUCAGGAAUGGUGCAGCCUCACUGCUAUGAAGAAGAAACUGUUGCGACGCAGUGGCCUCCUCUUUCACAGCCCCACACUCGGCCUGCAGCAGCUGGACUCAGCCAAGCACCCGCACUCCAGCACCAAGAGAUACCUCAGUAAAGAGGACGUGGCCCAGGCCUCACUGACAAAAGCCCAGCAAGAGGGAGGCAGCAUCCAACUGGUCACAAAGGAAAAGCAGAGGAGCUUCACCUCUGCCCUGACACCACCUGCUGUACACAGAGAGGAAGUGAUGUCAGAAGAGCAAAAGGGUUUCCUGCAGGCUGUGAGCAGUGACGGCGUCCCUCUGUGUCUGUCCUGUCAGCAGAGGUGCUUGUCCUCUGGAGGAUCCUGGGACACUCGCUUCUGCAGCCACAAGUGUCAGGAAGAGUUCCAGCUCAAGUCCAGUCAGACCUACAUGCGUAUGCAGGUCCUGAAAGUUGAGCAAGGCAUCUGUCAGGCGUGUGGCCUCCACGCACAUGAGCUUUUCCUGAAGGUCCGUGACGCUCCACCCUCCCAGCGUAAAGAGAUGCUGGAGAACACGUGUCUCGCGCAGCUGUCACUCAAACAGCUGAAUGAGAUGAUCCGCGCUCCUGUGGAAGGAGCCUUCUGGCAGGUGGACCACAUCCGGCCCGUGUACAGUGGAGGAGGACAGUGUUCUCUGGACAACCUGCAAACCCUCUGCACCGUCUGUCACAAAUCUAGAACUGCUCAGCAGGCCAAAGACCGGAGUAGGAGAAGGAGGAGCGAAGCUGCCAUUGCUGCCACGUCAGACAUCAGUAGGUUCUUCAUCAGGAAGUGAAACAACACAAACGUGCCAUUAGGUUACACUGUGUUUGUGUGUCUGUGCGACAAACUUACUGAUGUCUGUUCUGGCAAUUUGGAUGAAGACAUGAUACAGAAGCAAAAGAAUUUUAAGAAACUGUCCUGAUUAAAUCACUGUAGAAGUUGCUGUAACAAUUAGGCUCUAUGUAAAAAAAUAAAUAAAUAAAAACCAGUGACAACUA